AUGCAGCAAGAAGGGGUCUCAGGUGGUUCGUCUCUUUCGGUCUUGGAGUGUGACCGCUCAGCUUCUCGUUUCAAUUUUCCUUAUUUCCCUACCAUCAUCAUCAUCAUUAUCAUCAUCAUCAUCACUGUGAUCUAUUCAAGGCAGUCAUCGAUAAGAGCAUGUGAAAGUUGUGCAUGCGAGGCAGUCUCCAUCCGCCUUGAUGAAAUGAAAGAUGAAACGCCGCGAAUGACCGAGAUGACAAGGAAGCCGUUCCUGACGAUCGCCAUAGGCGUCUUGACCACUGUCAGCGCUCUCUCGGACCCCGCUCAGAUUGUGAUUCCAGCAACAAUAACACCCCAGACGACGGACCCCUUGGUGUCAUGGUUAGCGCAAGAAACUUCAUACGCCCUCGAUGGUGUGUUAAACAAUGUCGGACCGAACGGGGCUAAGGCAACUGGCGCUAGCUCUGGCAUCAUCAUCGCUAGUCCUAGCCAAAGCAAUCCGGACUACUACUAUACCUGGACUCGAGACGCCGCUCUCACCGUCAAAUACCUCGUUGGUUCUUUUGCCGCCGAUCACGAUCCUGCAAUCCAAAGGAUCAUAGAGGAUUACGUAGAAUCCCAGGCGCACUUGCAGACUGUCUCCAACCCUUCCGGAAAUCUAUCAAGCGGAGGCUUGGGGGAACCUAAGUUGAGGGUGGAUGGAUCGGCAUUCCAUGGCUCCUGGGGGCGUCCACAGAGUGAUGGGCCUGCGCUGAGAGCAACAACACUGAUAUCCUACGCAAACUUGAUGAUUGAUAAUGGUUAUUUCUCUACCGUUGAGUCAAGCAUCUGGCCAAUCAUUCAGAAUGACCUUUCCUAUCUAACGGAGUUUUGGAACUCUUCUACUUUUGGUACGUUUGUGUGUUUCUCAUACGGGAGGACCGUGAUGUUGGAUGCCGGGGAGGAGUUUGAAUAUAAAUUCAUUCGGAAAAGGGUGGGUGACGGUAAGGUAAUCUGGGAAGAAGGCCAGAAUCGAGCAUUUGUGGUGCCGAGAGAGUGUGGCCCUUCCAAUGCGACAAUCAAUGCCGUCUGGAGAUGA